AUGGGGGGCCCUCAUGGGAGGCGGGAGGGGGAAAGCCGAGGGGCACAGGACCAGGCUGACGGGCAUUUUCAGCCCUUCAGAGGGCCUCAAGGGCACGGACGGAUCCCUGCUCCCUUGGAAGGCGAGCGCGUUGACUGGGGGUCAGUGUCGAAGACAGCCAAAGGAUCCAUUCAACAAGAACUUGCAGUUCGCCUUGUGCGGCGAAAAAGGGCUGCGAAAUCGCCGGUCACCACGCUUGCAAUGAUUCCCCUGCUGCGGGCAGCCAAGGCAGGAGGCCCUUUUACCGAAAUCCUCGCUGCUGCUGCAGUUACAGCAACACAGAAAGCAAGUACUAGAGCCAUUUUGGCAGCCCCGGAAUGCCUUAACCGUGGCUUUCCUCAUCAUCACGGCCACGCCCUACCGGGGGCGAUGCUGCAUGUCGGAUAUGCGCACAUGAACUUCCGUGUAUCCGACACACCGCAGGGUGCAGGGCGCCCUUGGGGUGAUUUGGCCCCGAGAUUGCAACGGCAACUUCGCGCUGGCAGCAGCGGUAACAGCAGCAACAGCAGCUCACACUUCAUGUGUUGGCUAAACCUCUCACCCCUUAUUGAACCAGAGCAUCGGCUGCCCCUUCCAAUGGCUUCCAUGUCUCUCCCCCUUCCGAAGGCCUCUCCUGAGUCAUGGGCUCCGCUACAAGGGCUCUCUCUGCCUCUCGGCGAGCCAUUCUUUGGGCCACCAGUGGCGCCUUCCGGCGAAAAUCCCCUGCCACUGGAGGCCCCCAGGGGAAGUGGGAACGUUUCUUUAGGCUGGGUGUCACGCCAAACGCCUUCAUCGGGCGUGGGGGCCCCUACGGAGGACUUCGAUGUAACCUCCAUGCCCUCACCGAAUGAAAGGGUUUCAGGCUAUUUGUGCAAUAAAGUACGGAGUGACAAGCGACAAAGGAAACGAGCAUUUGCCCAUCGAGGACAUUGGGGGCGGCAGCGUCGGCUGCAGCUGAAGCAUGAGAGACUGCGGCUCGCCUUCGCCUAUCAGGGUGUCGAUCUGCUGAAGCUGAAAUCGCUCAGAUGGGGAGAGGUCGCGAAAGGACCAUGGGGAUCCGCCAGGGGUGGAUGAGUGCCCCGAGGUUCUUCUAUGGGGCUAGUUUCUGUGGGGCCCCCUCUCAAACAGGGCUAUCUGAAACAGGAAGGGCGGCUGACAAGCGAGGCAACGGAGGCCCUCGCCUUUGUUUUGGAGGGAGAGCUGGACGCAGCGUGGAGCCACCAGCGGCGACAGCAGCUGUUGCUGCGCCACAGAGAUAUUACGCCUGAAGCUGCGUUUCGUUACCUGGAUAAGGAUGGCAUUGGAAUAGUCUCGAAGGGUGCAUUUGCAAAGCCAGACUCCCUUAAUGUGAAUGCGGCUUCUUUCUUGGCUGCCGCUGUACGUGCGAGCCGUGGCUGGAUCACGGCUACUGGUAGUGGCAUUGGCCCUGGUGACAUUGGUUCUUGUGGUCACACGAUUGCUUCUUCAGUUCUUACUGUUGGUACGGAAAGCGAGUUUGAGACCGGGAUGGCUAUUUAUCGCUUACGGACUUCCUUCAUCUGUUGUACCCCCGACCGUGCGUCAGCCGGAUUUGGGCCAGACAUAUUGGCUGAAGGGCGUAAAUGUGCGGGCAGUGUGGCGAGUGCUGGACCCAAAGAGUCUCGGCUAUGCAUCGGUGUCAGAGGUCAAAGGCUUCCUCGAGGAUUAUGGCUUAACGGCAACGACGCGCAUCGUACGAAAAGUCAUACAGAGAUACCAGAGAGAUGCCAAGAGGCACAGGAGCAUAGACCACAAGUAAUAUUGCAGGGGACAGUGCGCAUAGGGGCGAAAUACAUUCGAGUAACUAGGGGCGCAACCGAAAAAGGAAGCUCAUUGAUUACAAGCCAACAAGUGAAGGACGAAGACCAAGAGUAG